AUGUUCGCAAGACUGAAAGCUGUUGUUUUGUUUCUGGUUCACGGCUCAUUGCUACUAUCCAUCCUCAUUUUCACUCUAAAGCUACUUUCCGAAACCAAAAAUGAAAAGGAGGGUAUUUUCAAGAUCUCGUUUGAACGAAACGUCUUCAUCCGGGGGUUACCAAACCCCAUCGAGAGCAUUCAGGCACAGGCAACGCACGUUGUAGGAGAUGCUGGUGAUAUUGCCGAGAAAGCGACUUCGGCAGUUGCUCGAGCUACGAAAGUUGGAGGCGACAUCAAAAACAAGGCUAGUAGUGCAAUUGCGGCUGGCGAGACUCUCAUCAACGGACUCAUUCCAAAAGCAUGCAGUGUCGGAACCAAGUAUGGGUGUGUCGAAUUCGACAGUCGCUCAGACUGUGUACAAUUUCCAAUGCAGGACGAUAACGUCUUUGAUAAAAUUACGGAUCUAUCGACAACGGUUAAACCAUUGAAAGGAAUACUACAGCACAUUCCAUCUUUACAAGUUUUCCUUGUUGUUGGAGUAAUCUUCAUUUUAGUUUCGUCGAUUAUCUCCGUUGCGAGCUCCUUGGGCUUUGUGUUUCCAUUAAAGAGCCUCAUAAACAUUAUUAUAAGCGGCCUAGGACUAGCUGCUUUCUGUUCCUUCACAGGGAUUGUCAUGGGUAUCUAUGCAAACGGCCUUGAUCUGGAGGAUCUCACAGGCGGUACUCUUCAUCGAGGCUUUGCGUAUAUUGCCUCCAUAAGCAUAGCCGUCAUGUCAUUUCUGCACUUUGUUGUAGUGAUGGCAGAGGCGGUGCUAAGGGACGGGCCUAGAGCCCGUCUUUUAUACAUGAUGAAGACGGCUGCUGUCGGAGGCGGCAGUCCGUCGCCGCCGCACAGGGGCCGAGGCCCUGUGGGGACCGGGGACCGGGAUCGUGGUCAUAGGGCCGGCGAUGUGGUCCGAGAAAGAAAGAAAAGUGGCGUUGUCUAG